UAGGGAUCAUUGUUGCCACUUACGUUUGACCAACUGAUUGGAUUUAUCUGUUUCAAUUCAUAUUUCCUAUUCUUAUAUCGAACUAAAAUGCAGUAAUUUAUUAAAAAUUUAUUCAUCAAGACUUAAUGGAUUUCAUAUCCGAUUUAAAUAAUAAAGAAGAUGCCAGAUCUCUCAGUAACGGUGGCGUGCAGAAACUCCAUUUUGUGACGUAGUGGCAAACUUGUGUGUUCCUAAGCCUGCUUUCGAUUUCAAAUUUCGUGAUUUUUCUAAGUACCUAAUUCGACGAUUUUUCAGGAUAAUAUAGCGUUUUAUAUUGAAGAUGGCAUCCUCUGGUGACAGUGAUGAACCACAAGAUGAUUCGUUUUCAUCUGACGAAGAAACAUUUCAGGUUGGAAGAAUUCAGCAAUUCUGGAAGGGAACGUACAAUGAAAUUUUGCCUGAAGUUGGUAGUCAUCCACUUGGAGGUAACUCAUCGAGUGAAGUGAAGUUUUUCAUUGUUACCACACUGGAAUGUGGAGAAGACCGCAUACAGCGACAAGUGCACAGUAUUAUCCCAACUGGAUGGAUUUCGAGCAACAUGGAAUAUCUACUUUAUCCUCAACCCAGAUUCACAGUUGGGGGUAAAAGUCCGAUUGACUGGGGAGAGAAGACAUUCAGAAGAUUCCAAAUACCAUUCGAGUCGUGGAUGGAAUAUGAUAUUCAUGCCAUUUUAAACCAAACCAAGGUUGUUAAAUUUACGAAAGCAAUAAAGGCCGCCAAAGCUGCAGCUAAUGGUCAACCCAUACUGUCAGACGCUUUUAUUUCCGACAGUGAUCGUAUUUUGGGCAGAGGAUUAAGGAAGGCAGCUCAAAAGCGUCCAUUGGAAGAGAAGGUUUCCGGAAAAGGCAAGGAAAGAAGAACGAAUAAUAAUUCUCUAAUAGAGACACCAUCGUCCAGCUCCAACCUCAAUCCAGCUGUUGCCAUCAGGACUCAAAGCUUAAGAUCUUGUCAGUCGAACACCCCGUUUGAUUUCGAAAAUUUCCCAACGAACUUAAAUGUUGGAGCUUGUGUGGGCAACAUCACCACCAACUCUGAGUUGGUUUCAUUGAACAACUCAUCCAUGCCAGUUUCGAAUGCAGCUGUACCGGCGCCCCAUGGUAGCAGUGGUGACGGCAGCAAUAUUCUUCGUCCGUCCGUUAUUCCUAGUCCACAACCGCAUGAUGUUGGCACAAGAACUGAAGCAGCAUUAUGUGGAGCUAUUAACAAAGCAAGUGGAAUGGUCAACAAUGGAGCACCUUUACCGUCUACAAGCCACGUACAAGAUGAAGAAGAGCAGAAUCGGAAUAAUAUUGAUAUUCAGGGUUCCAACGCUUUGCCGUCCAUUUCACAAACACAAACUCGUGGACAUGGGGCAUAUUUGAAUGGCACUCAAAACAACGACGUUAUAACACGUUCAACGAAUAUUGGUGUUGGCCAUCAUGACAAAGAGUUGGAAAGUCCUCCAUCUUUUCCUACUUGUGACGAGUUCACGAGGUUGGAUGCUGUUUACACACGUAGCUUGAACAGACAUAAUGACACUCCAUUGUCAUGGGCAAACGGUGGCGAUCUCCUGCAAUUGAAUAGCUAUCAGUCAUCUCAGGCAUUUUCAUCAUUCGACGUUCAGACAUUGAUGAGAGCCAUUGAGCAAGUAGAAAAGAAGCUCGAUGGGCUUGGAAGUACAGUAAUCGAAAAGUUAGAUUCCGUUUCUAAAAGAAUGGAGGAGUCUUUCAAAAAUGAUUUGCCCUUAAAAGCUACCAAGCACGCCAACUACCAUAGAUGGAUCGUGGAGUCCAACUUCGGAAUUGUUUCUUGCGAUACAGUAGAAAAACUCAUUGCUACCAACACAGCUCUCUCGGACAAAACAAUUGCAAUAAGCAUGGUUUUCUUCAUAUCUGAGCGAUAUAAGGCGUCCAAAUCAAUAGGCGCUUUUGUAAACCAGGCGUAUCGUUUGUUUUUAUGUGACGAAACUAGUCAGAAAAUGCAGUGGCGUAGUGUUGGUCGGGUCAAUGACUUAAGGCCCGGACUCUCUGGUCUGAUGAAUAUGCUUUCAGUUAUAGGAGUUGCUCUCGACAUUUUUAAUAUUUCGCGGAACACUGCAAAUGUUGAUCAUCGGAGGCUAAUUGAAAUGAUUAAAAACUGCCGGAAAUACAAUGCCAAAAACUACAGGAAGAAGAAUAAUGUGCCAGGUGCCUUGGAGACGGAUGCGUCAGCAGAUGCUCCUCAGCUUCCAAAUGCAAAUGAUGACAGUGACGCGGUUAUUCUCUACAACUACAUGACUAUUCUAGAAAAAGAAGUUGUUAAUUUUAGACCUCCGCCUGCUUUUGCUCGAGCACCAGAUCUUUGUAAUUGAAGAUUCAACACCGUUUCAAACCUAUUGAAUUGACGUUUAUUCUUUGCCAAUGUCGUUCUUAAGUCAGAAAAUUGUCAUUUUAUAAUUUAUUGCCUUUCGCAGUUACUCGUACUUUGGUUUUAUUUAAGGUUGUUUCAUAUGCAAAGACAAAACGCAAUAAACGCUGAUGGUUUCUCAAUUCCAUUUUCGUCUUUUUAACUUAAUAGUAAACUAUCUGAAAAAAGAAGGGGAAGCUCAGUAGUUUUAAAAAGUAGGGUACCUGGAACCAUUUUUAAAUUCUAGUUCAUAAGUCGUAGUUACUACCAGAAAAUUACCGGUUUUUCUCACCUUAUUGCUCGCUGUGUUACCUCUUUUUUUCUUACGGAAGGUUGGUUUAUAAAUCGUAGUUACCACCAGUAAAAUACCGAUUUUCUUCACCUUUUUGCUCACUGUACUACCUCUCAGUAUUAUAUGGAAGGUGGGUUCUAAAACGGUUAUAAAUACUAGUUUUAAACCGUUUUCCGCACGCAAACAAGCGGUUAUUCACCAGGGGUAAACCACGGGGUUUUAUCUUAAAACUGGUGAAAAAUACCCGGGAAAAACUGGUUUUGCCCCGCA